UAUGAUAACAACCGUCAACAGGCCACGACCGCCGCUCCAAACGAGAUCACACGAGCUAAAUAAAAUAACCGUAAUACAGCUGGUCGUGUCAAACAUCGUGUUAUCUCAAAAUAUAACCUAAAAGUUAAUUAAACCCGUAAUUAACUAUAGAGUUUAGUCACACGUUGUCGGCGGCGGAACGCGUUUCGCUACGCGAUUGUGUUUUGCUUUUUGAAACGUCGCCCGAGCGAUGCGGACUAUUAAUUAGAGCGAGACGAAAGCAAAAUGUCCCAGUGGUUGUUUGUGACGUCUGUGUUUGUGUUGCUCCUGAGGGCGGAAUGCAGAUUCGUCGGCGACAAAUGCCAAGCUGAAGGCAGACCGGGCAUGUGCAGACUCCUCGACGACUGCCAGCCACUUCUCGCAGAGAUCAAGAGGUGCGGCACCCCCAUGCCGGCGCACAUUAGGAGGAAACUGCAGACGCUUAUGUGUGGGUUUGACACGGAUAAGCCUAUCGUAUGUUGUCAAUCAGAAUCGCAGAUGACUGAACGACCAACCCCCCUCUUCACAGUACCCCACGGACUAGGAGUCCCAUUCAACAACAAUUGGGAGGACUCCUCACAAAACUGGGGCUCAUUUACUACAUCUAGUACUAGAAGACCAUCCUGGAACAGUGAUACAACUACCAGAAGGCCAUCUUGGAACAGUGAUACACCUACCAGAAGGCCAUCUUGGAACAGUGAUACUACGACAACUAAAAGACCAUCAUGGGACAGUGAUAAUACUGAUAAUGAUAGAACGAAUAACAAGAAUGGAAAAGAAGAAGCGGUAGAUGUGAGAAAUCAUAGGAAUUUUAGGCUGUUGCCGACGGAUUGUGGAGUUAUCGAAGAUGAUAAGAUUUGGGGGGGCAAUAGAACGAGACUGUUUGAAAUGCCGUGGAUGGUGCUCAUCUCCUACAAUUCAGCAAGAGGCACCAAGCUAAGCUGCGGAGGUACCCUCAUCCACGAGCGCUACGUAUUGACGGCAGCGCACUGCGUGUCCUUCCUAGGCGAGCGUUUGAAACUGUCAGGAGUCGUGCUGGGAGAGUACGACACCAGAACCGACCCGGAUUGCGAGUGGGACGAGGGGGAGAGGAUGUGCGCUCCUAGUACACGGAAUGUGACCGUCGAUACCAUUAUCCCACACCCCGGCUACAGUCCGCAGAACUUAUUUGAUGACAUCGCGCUUCUAAGGCUCUCGGAGCCGGCGGAUUUUUCACAAGAUAACAUGAAACCAGUGUGUCUACCAUCGACGCCAGAGCUGCAAGCGGACAGCAUGGUAGGGCAGCAGGUGGUGGUCACGGGAUGGGGCGCCACGGAAGACGGGCUGCAGUCGCCCGUGCUGCUCAGUGUGGCGCUGCCGGUCGUCUCCAAUUCGGAAUGCCAGGAUGCUUACAACGGUUCCCCUCGCAUCUACAACCGUCAGAUGUGCGCUGGCGGCGUCCCAGACAAGGACUCCUGCGGCGGAGACUCCGGAGGCCCUCUCCUACAUCCAGGGGUCGUGGGUCGAGUAGGGCUCCGCUACGUGCAGCGUGGGAUAGUGUCCUACGGCUCUAAGCGAUGUGGAGUUGGAGGCUUCCCUGGUGUCUAUACCAGAGUAGGGCACUAUAUGGACUGGAUUUUAGACAAUAUGAGGCCUAGCGAGCAUUCGCGCGAGGCAAUUUCCUCGCGCACAAAAGGCCAGUGUAGACGUGCCUCCGAGGCGGCGCGCGAGGCUGCGGAGGCUGUGCUUGGAGCAGUGAAAAGCGCCGAAGAAGACGCACGACGCACCACCGACGAUGGAUCGCAUAAAAUCCUGUGUUUUGUUGCGCUGGCCAUAGCCGUGACUGCUCAAGAUCGAAAAUGCAACAACGGCGUGGCGUGCAUCCCACUCGCGCAGUGCUCAGGGCUCAACAGCCAGCUGCAGAACGGUAGGACCGACGAACUGGUCGCGCUGCUGAGGAAGCUGCACUGCGGCUUCGACCACGACGACCCUAAGGUAUGCUGUCCCCCCGAGUUCCAAACGGAGAGCCAGCCAAACAGAAUAGGCGUCGGUUUCACUGGCUCGGAGGCAGCAGGCAGCUUCUCUGCCCCGGCUUCCAGUGGUGAUUCUGACAGCUUGCUGCCCAGUAACAGAGUGUGCGGCAUACAAACUAACGACAGGAUUGUAGGCGGAGAGCAGACGGAAUUAGAUGAGCACCCGUGGACGGCGUUGCUUCGAUACGACAAACCCCGUGGGUGGGGCUUCUACUGCGGCGGUGUGUUGAUAUCCGCUCGGUACGUCAUGACUGCUGCGCACUGCGUGAAAGGCGCAGAUCUGCCACACAACUGGAGAUUGUCUCAAGUCCGUCUCGGAGAAUGGAACACGUCGAGCACAACAGACUGCUACGGCGGCGAAUGUCACUCCGGCAUCCAGGACGUGCCGGUGGAGCAGGUCAUCGCCCACGAGAACUACGACCCGAACAACACCAACCAGCAUAACGACAUCGCGCUGCUGAGGCUGGCGAGGAAAGUGCAAUUUACAGACUUCAUCAAGCCAAUUUGUCUGCCGUCGACGGAUACCCUGAGAACCAACACUUUUGAAGACUACGACAUGGAGGUCGCAGGCUGGGGUAAAACUGAAACACGUUCAGAAUCGGACGUCAAACUAAAAGUCCGCGUACCAGUGGUCACCUUGUCGGAAUGCUCGCAAGUGUUCCGACCAGUCGGCCGGCGCAUCAUCAACAAGCAGAUCUGCGCGGGCGGCGUCGCUGGCCGCGACUCCUGCCGCGGGGACUCCGGCGGCGCGCUCAUGGGCCGAGUGCCUACUGUAGAUAACUGGAUAGCUGUGGGGGUUGUCUCCUACGGACCUUCGCCUUGUGGUACCGCUGGCUGGCCGGGCGUGUACACUCGUGUGGGCGCGUAUUUUGACUGGAUCGUGGACAAACUGAGGCCUUGAGACUGAUGUUAGAUGUUAGGUCAGGGAUCUUCAAACUUUCUGGCUAUGGCCAGCUUCCUUUUCGUGGGCCGUAAUUUGGAGACCCCUGUUUUAGGAUAUGUAGUAAGAGUAUACUCAUUGCGGUUGUGCCAUUUGAAACCGACGUAGGUUUUUCUGGUCAUGUUUGCCUAGUACUUACAUAUUUAUUAUAGAAGACGUGGCUUUCACUAAUAAAAUACCUAAAGAAAUGUUUAGGUACCUAGGCAAUACCUAAGUACUUACUUGUUAAAAAAAUAAUACAGACGAUUGAACCUGAAGCAGUAUCAACGCAUUAUCAGAUUUUUAUAUUUUACAUUAAAUUACAGGAAUUGCUUAUAAUUAAGUUAAAAGUUUAGGUUAAAAAACGAAUAAAUAAUACUAUAUAAUUUCA